CCAGACUGGAUCUGAAGCUGGAAGAAGCAACUUCUUUUGAAGUACUGGACCUUGUUUCUGCUAUGGGGGAGAAGAAAGCAAGGUUUCCACCUCAGUCACAGAACCUUUUUGCCGCCAGGGCAAGCUCCAGCAUGAGGACACAGCACAUCUUGUUACAGAGGCACAAGAGGAAAGCAUCCUUGCAGGCCAUGUUUGCCCAGCGUGGAGGACAGCAGACUCUCCAGAGCCCACUCCUGCAGACAGAGCUGCUGCAGCUGUUGCUGAGACUCACAGUGCAGGGUGAACCUGGCCACAGCCCGCCUCUGGAACAGCUGUAACGUCUGCCUU